CAUGGCUCAAACUGGCCUCUAGAGACCUCAGGAACAGAGGAAGCGCCAGCUGAAGCAAAGUGCCACGGUCAGUCCAGUUUCACUUUUGCACGUGCAGAGGAAGGAGCAACUCUCUCUCCCUUUCUUUAUAGGUACUGAGAUAUUCCAUACUGCUGAGUCUUCCAGCAGCAAAUGAAGAAUAUGUAUAUGUUCCUCCUUUCCACUUUAUAUUUGCUUUUGAAAUCCACUGGCACCAAAGAGGUUAUAUUUGGUCAUAAUAAUUUCACAGAAUAUCAAGUGGGCAACAUGAACCUGAUUCUCUCUGUCCCACACGGUGGGUCAAUGGAACCCAAAGACAUCCCUGAUCGAGAAGCUGCUUGUUGGGAUGCAAAGACAUCCUCUUGUAUUUUCUCUCAUGAGUGUCCUCCUGGAAGUAUCCAAAGUUAUAAGAAAUGCAAAGUGUCUACCAACCAAGACAGGUAUACUAUAGAGGUUGCUCAAGCUCUUGCUGAAGAAAUCAACAACAUUACUGGUGGCUUAUUCCCACAUAUCAUUAUAAACCACCUUCAGAGAUUCAAGAUGGAUGCUAACAGGGUAAAGGAAGAAGCCUGCUUUGGAAUUCCCCAAGCAGAACAGGCAUGGGAGGAAUACAUGGGAUUUUUGACCACUGCAAAAAGACAGAUGACAGAGGGCCUGAUUCUGGAUAUCCAUGGACAAGCACAUCCUGAACGAUGGAUAGAAUUAGGUUACACUCUUUCAAAAACUUCUCUUAACUCGGGGGACUUUUCUGCAUCGUGUUCCUCAAUUAGCCAUCUGGCCAGUCAACUAGUAAAUGUGUCUUCUCAGACUUUGGUUGCAGGGAACAGAAGUUUGGGUAAAUAUAUUGAAGAACAAGAUAACAGUCAUGUCUGUGUGCCUUCUCCAUCCAAUCCUAGCCCAAAUAAUGGGAGCUAUUAUAGUGGUGGAUACAUAACAAAGACUUUUGGUUCCCAUAGCUCUGGCACUGUUGAUGCCAUUCAGCUUGAACUACCCCAGUGGGUGAGAGCAGCUGAAGAACGUCCCAGAUUUUGUAAAGCACUAGCAAGGGCUGUAAUGAAAUUCUGGCAAACUAACUACUGCAGCCAGCACAACCGUGAAUUUCUGCUGUGCUGAAAGAUGCUAUCCUUUAAAGAUAGCUUUCCAUAAUAUAGUAAUGAUCUGGAACAAUGGAAAAGCUGAUACACUUGGAACAUUUAGGCCUGCAAUAUAAUUAUGGAUGAUGGUGGAAAGAAACUAACUUGCAAAGGAAUACAGAGACAUCUACAUAAAAUCCACAGCUAAUACCAAUAAGCCCAUUAAUACACAGCUUUCUACUACAUCCAGCAUUGAAAAGACUUCUUGAAAAUAAGUGGGUAUAUUUGGAAGUAUCAUUUGUCUGGUAUGCUGCUCUGUGCCUAAUUUCUUUCCAAUAGCAUUCUGUAGCACACAAUAAACUGUUCUUCUUAUAAUUGAAUUCUGUGCAGUGUUUUAGUAGAUGGUCUGUUCAAAGAAAUGAAGCAUCUCUGCUUUUCUUAUGAUACUUAAGACAAUAGGAUUGUCUUGUGUAAUAUAUUUUGGGCUGGGACCAGUUUCCAUUUGGUGUUUAUAAAGCCCUAGGAGCUGGAACUCUUCAAGUAAACAGUAACGUUGAGCAAUGACACCCAGUCUGAACU